AUGCGCAAGCCCGACCGCCUCGGCGCGCCCGGGUUGGCUGCCCCGGCGGCCUCCUCGGCAGUCAUGGCUCCUCGGAUGUGAUAGUUUCCCCCGCCCCCUCGCGUAGGACGCGGCGGCGGGGCGGCGGUGGGAAGCCUAACUUUAUUGUUCCCCCGGCCCGUCUCCCGGCGCGUCCUCAGGAUGCUCGGGAGCUGAGCGCCGGGGGCGGCGGAGGGUCGCGGUCUGUCCGGGCCCUCGCCUCGGAGCGCAGGGCCAAGGGAGGGAGUCACGAUGUCAGGUAGCCGCCAGGCCGGCUCGGGUUCCGCUGGGACGAGCCCCGGCUCCUCGGCCGCCUCCUCGGUGACUUCCGCCUCCUCGUCCUUAUCCUCGUCUCCGUCGCCGCCGUCCGUGGCGGCCUCGGCGGCGACGCUGGUGUCCGGCGGCGUGGCUCCGGCCGCGGGCUCCGGCGGCCUCGGCGGCCCGGGGCGGCCUGUGCUGGUGGCGGCCGCGGUGUCUGGCAGCGCGAGCGCCGGCGGGGCGGUGUCCGCGGGCCAGUCCCGGCUCAGCUGCGCGGCCAGGCCCAGCGCCGGCGUUGGAGGGAGCAGCUCCAGCCUCGGCAGUAGCAGUAGGAAGCGACCUCUGCUCGUCCCGCUUUGUAACGGGCUCCUCAACUCCUACGAGGACAAAAGCAACGACUUCGUCUGUCCCAUCUGCUUUGAUAUGAUUGAGGAGGCAUACAUGACAAAAUGUGGCCACAGCUUUUGCUACAAGUGUAUUCAUCAGAGUUUGGAGGACAAUAAUAGAUGUCCCAAGUGUAAUUAUGUUGUGGACAAUAUUGACCAUCUCUAUCCUAAUUUCUUGGUGAAUGAACUCAUUCUCAAACAGAAGCAAAGAUUUGAGGAAAAGAGGUUCAAAUUGGACCACUCAGUGAGUAGCACCAAUGGGCAUAGGUGGCAAAUAUUUCAAGAUCUACUAGGAACUGAUCAAGAUAACCUUGAUUUGGCCAAUGUCAACCUCAUGUUGGAAUUAUUAGUGCAGAAGAAGAAACAACUGGAAGCAGAAUCACAUGCAGCUCAGCUACAGAUCCUUAUGGAAUUCCUCAAGGUUGCAAGGAGAAAUAAGAGAGAGGACAUCCGGUACAGUGAUGAAUAGAAGUGGUGAUAGCUGGGCAUCCUAGUCUUGAUGCUGAUCUCAAAGUGAAAUCAUUCGACGUGUCACCAUUAGCAAUUGGAGCAGAUCCAGAAGGAACUAAGUGUUUUGGAAGAGGAUAUUAAAAGAGUGGAAGAAAUGAGUGGCCUCUACUCUCCUGUCAGUGAAGAUAGCACAGUGCCUCAAUUUGAAGCUCCUUCUCCAUCACACAGUAGCAUUAUUGAUUCUACAGAAUACAGCCAACCUCCAGGUUUCAGUGGGACCUCUCAGACAAAGAAACAGCCUUGGUAUAACAGCACAUUAGCAUCAAGACGAAAGCGACUCACUGCUCAUUUUGAAGACUUAGAGCAGUGUUAUUUUUCUACAAGGAUGUCUCGUAUCUCAGAUGACAGUAGAACUGCAAGCCAGUUAGAUGAAUUUCAAGAAUGCUUGUCCAAGUUUACUCGAUACAACUCAGUAAGACCGUUGGCCACAUUGUCUUAUGCUAGUGAUCUCUAUAAUGGUUCCAGCAUAGUUUCUAGUAUUGAGUUUGACCGGGAUUGUGACUAUUUUGCAAUUGCUGGAGUUACAAAGAAGAUUAAAGUCUAUGAGUAUGGCACAGUCAUCCAGGAUGCAGUGGAUAUUCAUUACCCUGAGAAUGAAAUGACCUGCAAUUCCAAAAUCAGCUGUAUCAGUUGGAGUAGUUACCAUAAGAACCUGCUAGCCAGCAGUGAUUAUGAAGGCACUGUUAUACUAUGGGAUGGAUUCACAGGACAGAGGUCAAAGGUCUAUCAGGAGCAUGAAAAAAGGUGUUGGAGUGUUGACUUUAAUCUGAUGGAUCCUAAACUUCUGGCUUCAGGUUCUGAUGAUGCAAAAGUGAAGCUGUGGUCUACCAAUUUAGACAAUUCUGUGGCGAGCAUUGAGGCAAAGGCUAACGUGUGCUGUGUGAAGUUCAGCCCCUCCUCCAGGUACCAUCUGGCUUUCGGCUGUGCAGAUCACUGUGUCCACUACUACGACCUUCGUAACACUAAACAGCCAAUAAUGGUAUUCAAGGGACACCGAAAAGCAGUGUCUUAUGCCAAGUUUGUAAGUGGUGAAGAAAUUGUCUCAGCCUCAACAGACAGCCAACUAAAGCUGUGGAAUGUGGGAAAACCAUACUGUCUACGUUCCUUCAAGGGUCAUAUUAAUGAAAAAAACUUUGUAGGCCUUGCUUCCAAUGGAGAUUAUAUAGCGUGUGGAAGUGAGAACAACUCCCUCUACCUGUAUUAUAAAGGACUUUCUAAAACUUUGCUAACUUUUAAGUUUGAUACCGUUAAGAGUGUAUUAGACAAAGAUCGGAAAGAAGAUGACACAAAUGAAUUUGUCAGUGCUGUGUGUUGGCGGGCACUAUCAGACGGGGAGUCCAAUGUGCUGAUUGCUGCUAACAGCCAGGGUACAAUUAAGGUGCUAGAAUUGGUAUAAAGAGUUUCCUGAAGUCAAACUGUGUUUGAUCCUCCCAAAAGCCAUCUGCAGCUGAUGAUGAGAAGAAAAAGAAAUGGCAUGUAAUGUCUCCCCCAACAUCAUUUGGAUUUGUUUUAAGUACCUUUUCCCUCCUUUAUGCCUUUGGGACACUGGGAAUAUCCAGAGAAUUCGCCACCAUCAGUGUAACUAUGAACUUUGCUGUUGGCAGUGUGGCUAAUUUUUGUGAUAGGGAAACAAAUUCUUUUAAAUAAAAAUAAUAAACAACAACAACAAAAAGUUUAUUGAGCCACAGCUGAGCUAGGAACACCUUUUUGUCAGAUGGGGUGAGAGUCUUUUGAAGAAGUUGCACUUAUGGGUUAUACAGAAUGUUCUGGCUGGGGCUGGAGAGAGGCUCAGAGAAUAAGAGCACUGGUCGCUCCUACAGAGGAUCUGGGUUCAGUCCCCAGCACCUACGUAGCAGCUCACUGCUGCUUAUGAUUCCAGUAGGAGAUCUGACGUCCUCUUCUGGGCUCCUUAAGCACCAGGCAUGCAUGUGGUGCACAUUCAAAGAUCCAGAUACAACGCUCACACAUAAAUGAAAAUAAAUCUUAUUUUAAAAGGAAGAAAAAUGUACUGGUGAGUAAUUUUAUCGUUGUGUUUCUCAACCCUUUUGGAAUAUCAACAUAAACAAAAGAUAAAAUGUGUAGAUUCCUUCCAGGGACCUUAAUGUUUACAAUUUAAAAAAAAUAAUAAGAAUUCCUUUUUCUAUACCCUGAUUAGAUGAUCACCAUCAGACCUUAUCUGGUCAGAGAUCUAAGAGUUUGACUUGAGAUCAAGUAAACAGGAAAGGACUGUCCUUACAACUCUGGUUCUCUUUGCACCAAGAAUCCCUCAGUUAUACUGGCCAAGACUGAUCACUGACUGAGAAGAGGUCAACCAACCUUUUCUAUAAAAGAACAUAUAGGAAAUACUUCAGGCUUUGCUGGCCAUAUGGUCUCUUAUAACUGUUAGAGAACUGUUAGCUCUGCCAGGGUAUCAGGGAUGUAGCUACUAUCGUUAGUAGACAAAUGGGCAUGGCUAGAAAAUAGGUGGAAUUUCAAACUCUAUCUGCGGCUCAUCUGCAAUGCCCUGAUUUAAACUUGUAUGCUCUGGUACCUACCCCAAGUUUCCAAACCGUGUGACCUCUUAAAUUGUCUAGUUAAUUUAUAAAUCAUUUUUACAUUGCAGGGCAUUGGGUCACGCAAAAUUAAUGUGGAUAAUACAUUUCAGCAAAUGGUUCAAGUGAAAUUCUCCACACAUUUCAUAAAACAUUUUCACAAAGGAUUGUUGGAUACAGAUAGCACAAUCCACUACCCAGUGGAUCCCUCAGCUGAAGGUUACUGAUACCUAAGUAAGCUUACAUUUUUUUGAACUUAAAUUAUUGAAGCCAGUUGUCUUUUGAGGUUUUAAACUCUUUAAACUACCAGAAAGUCACAUAACACACAUAACUAUAUUAACAGCAAUCCCAACAAAACUAAAGCAAUGGUACAUGUCCAACAUAAACUUCUGCUGCAAAGCCUGCAUAGUCACAUUCCAUGAGGCUGGUUAGAAAAGAGGAAACUUAGGAAAGAGGAGAAAUAAUUAUACAAUAGUUUGUGUAAGGUUUUAUCAUCCAACUUGAGUGAAAUUUAUUAGUUUUCAUAGCUUCAAAAGAAUUUCAUCUUUCAUAACUUCUUACAUUUAAAACUUGCUAAACUUAAUGGUCUCAAGUCUGAGAGAAAAGGCUCAGCAGUCAAGAGUCCUGCUGCUCUUGUAGAGAACCCAAGUUUGCUUCCUAGGACCCACAGAUGAGCUCACAACUACUUAGAACCCCAAUUCCAAAGAAUCUGACAUUCUAUUUUAACAUCCAAGGCCCAAGGCAUGGAUGUGGUACACAGACAUAUGUGCAGGAGAAACACCUAUACAUAUAAAUAAAUCCUUAAAAAAAUCAGAAGUUACCAUCUGUCACCAGUGAAUGUUAAAAUCAGUAAAUGUCCAUUUGUGAAGAUGUAGGAAGUAUACUCCAACAGAGAUGCUGGUGUUAGGGAUGAGUGCCCUGAACAUCUUCAAGAUAGGAAGCAGUUAGUGCCACCUUGGAUGCCUUUAAAUAGAAGUGAUGUUUUUGCUCAUUAAUACUGUUUUUACAUGCCUACACUUUUAAUCUCAAGCUCUCUAUAUUAUAUGAGUUGAUCAUGUUAGUUUCCAUGUUUAGAAAAUAUAGAACUGUUUGGUUAUCAAAGGGAUAUGGCUUUUUAGAAAUAAAUUAUUUUAAGAUAGUGCUUUUUUUUUUUUUUUAAAGAAAGUUUACCAUGUAGCACAAACCAAACUCAGUUUUACUCUGUAGUCACAAGUAGCCCUGAGCUUCUGAUCAUCCUGUCGCCCCACCCCGGGGCUGCUGGGAUAUAAUCAUGUGUCCCCCCUCCCAGUUUUAAGUGGUGCUAAAGUGCUAGGGAAGAAAACCUAGGGCUCUGUGCAUGCUAGGCAAGACACUUAUCAACUGAACUACAUCUGUAACCCCUUAGUUAGAUUUUUUUUUUCCUUUUUCUUGAAAAUCAUAGCUUUCUAAAGUUGACUUAGUCUCUGCAGGACAUUGAGAUCAAAUUAAUAAUGCUAUUCCUUGUAAAAAUAUAACACUUAAAUUAUGUUUUACCUUAAUCUUUAUUUCAGGGGUUUUGUAGGGUUUCUUACACAACUUGUCUUUAUUCCCAUUUGUCAACUAAUGUGAAUAAAAAAUUGAAGUUUGUAUUACUUUGUAGAAUUAUUGUAAAUUGACCUGAUAUUAAAAACAAAUUAAGAAAGCAAAGCUAGAUAUGGUGGCACACUUCUGUCAUCUUGGUGCUUGGGAAGUAGGAGGCAGGGAGUCAUGAAUUCAGGCUCAUUCUCAACAGCAGAGUGCAGUCUAGACCACCCACACUACCUGAAAUGAAAUAUGGAACCCAGCUACAGCUUUUAGAAAGAAGAAAGAACACAGGAUGAGUUUGAACAGAGGAGCCCAAUACAAUGGCACUUUUAGCACAUGAUUAAGAAUUUGGAUUUUUAUAAAGCAGAAUGGUGGGAUCUGGUCACGGGAAAAUAGUUGGAGGUUAAUAGGAGCUUGGGUCAAAGAUAACGUUAGCCACCCCAAAUCCUGCAUCAUCUAUUGGCAUUCACCACAGUCUUUACUAAGAGAACUUACCCUAGGGAGUUUAUUUUUUCACCGAUUGUAUUAUCCUCAGCAAGCUUAAGUUACUUGAAAACAUCAUGGCCACAGUGCUUACGAACCUGUAGCUAAGCAAAUCUAGAAGACAUCUAGCCCUAGUUCUAAACAUAAGGGUAAUGGGUCAUUGCCCUUAAUGCAAUUAUGCAAAUACAGCUAGUGUUGGCUACUUAAUUGAGCCCAUUGUAAUACUGCUGUGCUCUUCCUCACAGAGCAGUCAGUUUGACAUCUUAUAUGAUGCAGCUUCUGUUUAAUGGGUUAGGAAACUGUGGAGCCCUCAGUUCUGGAAAUAUUUGUUGAACAGCUGCUUUUCGUGAGAAUUGUGUCCUACAUUGUAAGAAAAUUAUAAUUAUGCUAGUGUAGCUUAUUCACUAAGAGAGAGAGAGAGACAGGGACCCAGGCAAAAAUAUGGAAGACAUGAGUUUUGUGUGUUCACUGGGAAAACAUACAACCUUACAUGAUGGGAGAUGAAGGGUUGGGGUAGAGGUAGUUGUCAGGAAGUUUAAUCUUACAGGAGAUAAAAAUCUCAGCUGAAUCUUAAACUAGUUAAAAAGAAAAAGUCAAAUGAAUUUAAGGGCAACAGAUUUUAAGAAAAAUGUGUGUUUCUCUUGACCAAAACUGAAAUAUGUCAGCAACAGGAUAAACAUCGGAAUGCAGUCAAAAGUAUGGGACAAAUCGUAAAGCCAUACUACUGUAAGUAAGAUACAGAAUUGCAGUUUGUGGCUAUACCUCACCCUCAAGAUACCUUUUGGGACAUGCCUCCACUUUGAGUAUGGUCUGUAUAUAGUGAUUUUUUCCCCAAAGGUAUAUUUUGGUUAAGAAGAUAAAAGUUAGUUACUACAAUGGAGAAGCUUACAGAACUACUUUAAUUAAUCUAACCAUGGCCAACAUCAAAGAUGAUGUCAUACUGAUAGUAUAUACUGUUGAUAAGAUAUAAAAGAAAUGGUGUUUUUACUCUGUAGUCAUCAUGUAAAUGGGAAAGACAUCCAUCAUAUAAGCCCUCCUUGAGUUAUAACCUACUAAAUAACCGACUAGCCUUUCUAAACUGUCAGAACCAUCAAAAACAAAGCCAGAGAAAUUGUCACAGGCACAAGGAGAAUAGAGACUGAGCAAAUGGUCUGCACUGUCCAGGGUGAUAUUCUGAAACUGAAAGGGACAGUGCAUAAAAUAGAGAAAAGUCAAGCAUGGCUUUCUCUGAUAUCAGUGGUUCUGCACCGGUGUGCUGUUUAUAACAAAUUGUCAUCAUAAUAUGAAGUGUAAACAGGCUACAUUAAGAAUGUACAAGGAAUACAAGGGUUUUAAUAUUGCCUUAUUAAACUUUUUUGGAAGUUUAUUUUAGUCAAGUUUAUAGUUUUAGAUCAGGAAAUUGGCUUAUUGGAUAAAACAGUUGCCUUAUAAAGUAUGAAGACCAAAGUUUCAAUCUUCAGAGACUGCCAAUAGCUGAGUGGGUAAGGCAUGUAGCCUGUGACUCAAAAUUGAUAAACAGACAUGGGGAUUCCCAGGGAAACCUGGCUAAAUAUUGGCACGCUCUGGUGUUGGCCAAGAUCCUACUCCAUAGAAAAAUGUGAAGAACAGUCAAGGAAGGUGCACAGAACCCUCUGACUUACAAAGACCCAUACACACACCUGCAUACCUGUGCACGCAUCCACAAGCAUUUAUACCUAUACACAUGCAUACGAACUCAUACCACCUCCAAAACGGAAAGGAAUUUCAGUAUUUUUUAUAAGUAUGAAGAUACAAAGCAGAAUGCAACAGGACAAUGGGAAUUAAAGCUAACUACAUAAAUGAUUUACACAUGAAAUCAGAGUAACUGUCCAGCCGAGGCUUAAACAGCACAAGUCAUGGAGCUUAAAGAAACUGACAUUGUAGUGUUUAUCAUUAAUAAAGUGUAUUUUUGCAAAAGAUGGAAAAUAUCUUUGUUUACCUGCAAAUUCUACUUCCUGAGAGUGAAACUUGCAACAACAAAAAGCAAAGCAACAUCUUAGCAAGAUUGUAAUAUAUAAAGUUCAUAGUCAUCCUUGGAGUUUAAACACUCAUUUAUAUAUGAGUGAAAAUAUUCUACCUGCACUCAUUAAAUCCUCAAUAAGAGAACCAAGAGGUCCUUCCAUUUGUGUGUCACUUCUUGAGUUAUUUGUCCUUUGUCAGUUUUAAGGGCAAACUUCAUAUUGCCUCAGAUCUGAAAUCACUGGAGUUGGAGUAAGGAGGAAGGUCAAUGGAAUCAAAGGUUGGGCUCCCAAAUUUACCAUGAUACUCACAGGAUUUCUCCCUGUGAACAGACUUUUUCUCUAAUUGUCAAUGCUACUCUAUGACCACAGGUUUAGGAGGGUUGAUUUGGACACAGGAAACUUCAAUAUAUAUUGUUAUUAAAAUUUACGUGUGUGGGUGAUUGCAUGUAUGUGCAACACGUGUGCAGCACGUGGAGGCCAAAAGAGGGUGUCAGAUCCUCAAACUAGAGUGAUGAGUUUAGAGCCUCCAUGAGGAUGCUGGGAAUUGAAUCCAAGUCCUCUAGAAGAGCAACCAGUGCUCUCAACAGCUGAGCAAUUGUUCCAGCCUUAAGACUUUUGAAAGAAGCCAAGAAAAAGCAAUUUCAUAUAUGUAAUAUUAGCACUUGGUUUUAUACAGCAUAAAGAACAUUUUAUCCCAAAAUCUUAAGAAUGAGGUAAGAUUGAAUUGAGUUUCUUAUAGCAUUCUGACCACCACUUCUACUCAAAGCCAUUAUGUCCCAUCAGUCUAGAUGGUUGAUGUGUUCCCAAUUGUGUGUAAACUUAUGCCCAUCUGGACAAUGGGCUGCCAAGUGAUAGUGAUCAUAUUUCUGUCUAUCUCUAAUUCUCCUUAGGGUGGCUCUCAGCUGGAAGUCUGUAAUUGGCAUGGCAGUUGCUUACAAAGGAAGAUACACCCAUUGCUGCUUGCUCUUGGUGGGUUCCUUCAACAAGUUGUAGUGCCAACUAUAUGGUAGACCAUCCUAGCCAGGAGUAAGCAAGCUGUUUCUGUAAAGGGCCAACUAUUUUAGGCUUUGUGGGCUACAAAUCCUCCAUCGGAGCCACUCAGUGUUACCGUUGCAGCAUGCAAAAAUAUCCCUGAACCAAAUAUAAGCAAACGAAUAUGGUUGUGUUCCACUACAAUCACAUAUUUGAGUUCAUUUCACUGUAAUGGUUCACAGAUUUGUAUUUUUAUAUUUAUUAGGCAUUAAAAUAUAGAAAACCUAUGAUCCGUACAAAAAGCUACAAACUGGAUUUGGUUUGCAUGCUCUAGCUUGCUGACCUCUAGGUGCUGACCACAAAGCAGUGUAGGAAAAAGUAGUCUUCAUGGAACUUCUAUUUAUUUGUGGGGACGGAAAUUCUUUCUGUAAAAUAAUACCUCUCCCCAUAAUGGAGCAUCUCUAGCAUAAGAGCCUGGAAGACCAUCUUGGCUAACACCAUCCAAUUCAAAGCUACCUCGAUGCUUAGUUUUCACAGAAGUGCACACAUGCAGUGUUGCUAUGCAUUGGUUAUGUGUCUUCCAGAGAACCAAUGGACACUUCCUGCUGAAGCUUCGUAGGAUGUAAGGUCUUUUGUUAGGUGGGUGUACUUGGAGGUCAAUACUCACUAACAGGCUUCAGAGUUUAAGAGCAGAGAUGAUACUAAAGGAUCAGACAGAAAGUCUGCAGUCUGUUGGGUGUAUGGAAGCAGGGUAUAUUUUUCAAAGCUGACUUCCUACCCCUUCCCACUUUUGUUCUCUUUUACUUUAUUAUUGAGAUUCUCUCUCUCUGAGUAUAAAAUGUUUCUUGAGCUCUUGGCACUUAACAAAGCCUGGGAACCUAAUAUUUCCUUGAUGUGACUGAAUCUCACAAAACAUUUGUACAUGGUUUUAUGCCAUUGUUUAAUCAAGACCUCUUACUUUCCCCUAAAUUAAUGGCCAUCAGAUUAGCCUGCUUUUCCAGAUAUUGUUCAUAGGGAGAGUCUAGACUGGUAAAUCUGUAACCUUUUUUUUUUCCCAGUCAACACUUGUGCUUCCCAAUUCUGCAUGGCCAAUCCCAGGAGAGGCCUCCGGGCUCUGUGGCUCCCUGGAAAAAAGGCAGCCUUCUGUUCUUAGCACAGGCUUUGCCACUUCUGGGCUGUGGAACUGUAGCGCUUUUCUGUACAUUCAGUGAUUAUUUUUGUUUGUUUGUUUGUUUUGUUUUUUUUCUGGGAAGGCUGCUGGUAGUCUUGAAAAUUAAAAGCACUCCAUGAACACUGGGCAGCAUUAGAAUUUGUGCAUGAAAAUUUCAAUCACUUCAAUUUGUUCCUGGGAAGAUUAAAGUAUAAAACUGUUUUUUAAAAGUAGAGAGUUAAAAGUUAGAGCAGCUAUUCCAGAAGUCUGCACCAGUCUAUGAAGUGACUUUUAUUCAUUGUGUCUUAGUUAGGCUUUCUAUUGUUAUAUAAAACACUAUGACAAAAAAAUAUCUUAGAGAACAAAGGAUUUAUUCCACCUUACAGCUGUGGUCCAUCAUAUAGAAAAGUCAGAACACGAGCGCAAGGCAGGAACCCGGAGUCAGGAGCUGAUGCAGAGGCCACGGAGAAGUGCAACUUACUAGCUUUUUUCCCCAUGGCUUGCUCAGUCUGUUUAUAGAACCCAGGGCCAUCAGCCCAGGAGUAACACUACCUGUAAUGAGCUGGGCCUUUCCACAUCAUCAGCCCAGAAGAUGUACCACAGGCCAAUCUGGGGGGUUGGGGGGAUUUUUAUCAGUUGUUCUGCCUUGCGUCAAGUUGACAUAAAACUAGGGAGCCUUGUGUUCUCAACAUGAUAUGAGCCUAUAUCGAUAUGAACUAACCUCCCAAAGAGUGUCUUCAUAACUACAAUGAAAAGCUACUUUACGAAAAUGCCAUUUCUCACAUACUUUCCUCGGUGACGGUGGGCUGAAAAGCAGCAGCACCUCUAUUGAUUACAGGUAGCAAGACAAGUGGAAAAGAAAGAAGAGUUCAGUUGUCAGGGAAACUCUGGAAGCUAAAGCUUUGAUCCUUAGGAAAUAUUCUUACCUUUCUCUUCCUGUGCCCUUCUAAUGGUCUGAAAUCAUUGCAAGAGAAAAAGAGCGUGUCCUCUUCCCACCUCUUCUUGGUAUGUUAGACAGUCUAGUGGCUUCAAGUGGCCAUUUAACUAUGCAGCAGUGUAUUCAUUAUCUGGGAAUCUCAAGGGAACCUUGACAUCAAUUUUAUGUCUCUCCAUAGCUGAUCAGUGGAUCAUUAACUUCAUGUCUCUAUAGAUGAAGGAUGAGAAAACAGGGUCAGGAUUUUGUGUAGAAACCUAACCCUUGUGACUUCAGUCUCAUUGUAUCUCAGUAGGUACAAUGGUCAAACAACCAACCUCAAACUUUCUCCAAAGCCACUGGUGAAUUGAUGUAGAAAUUUUCAUGUGGUAAAUAAUGAGUAGUUUUCCAGACUCUUUUUAACUGCUAAUAGUUCUUGAGAGCCACUGGUUCCUAGGAUAGUUUUGAAGAAUAGUUCUAAUUGUUAGGCAAUUUUUUGUUUUGUUUUGUUUUCCUUAGAUUAAACUGAAAUCUGCCUCUCUUGCAUCACUCUUCUUCCUUCCCACUAAGCUUAGAGUCAUGAUUUUAGGAGAAAGUGCUCCCAUAGGUAUGUGUGUUGAACAUUUUGUCCUCAGAUGGUGGCACCAUGUGGGGAAACUAGAUAUUUUGGAAAGUGGAGCCUAGCUGAAGAAAGUGGGUUACUAGGGUUUGCCUUUGAAGGUUAUGGCUAGUUAUCCCAUUACUCAGUUUCCUGUCUGCUAAGAAGUGAACUGCCUCCUCCACAUACUCUUACUGCAGAGAUAGUUUGCCUUAUCAGAGGCCUGGAGCCAAGAACUAUACUGAAACUGUGAACCAAAACAACUUUUUCUCCUUGUAGUUUUUCUUAAGCAUUUUGUUAUAGCAAUGCAAACAUAACUAAUACAUUUGCCUUGGCUUCAUCCUAGGCAUUGGAGUGGGAAAUUGUAGAUAAUAGCAAGUAAAUCGUGAUCCCUUCAUGAAGCUUUAGGCAGACAAUUUGCAUAUAAUAAAGUCCUAUAAAGUAAAACAUUAUGGUGUUUAUAAAUGAAAACUGCCAAAAUAAUGAUACAUAGUUAAAAGAUUGUUUAAAAGGCAUGUCUACUGAGUUAUUAAGUGGGUUGUAUAAAGGAUUUGGGAUUUCAGUUGAUUAAAAAAAAAGUUGCCGGGCAGUGGUGGCGCACACCUUUAAUCCCAGCGCUUGGGAGACAGAGGCAGGUGGAUUUCUGAGUUUGAGGCCAGCCUGGUCUACAGAGUUGAGUUCCAGGACAACCAGGGCUAUACAGAGAAACCCUAUCUCAAAAAAAAAAAAACAAAACAAGACAAAAGGAGGGGGGUUAACUGCUAUUUUCUACCCACUAAUCAAACAGGUACCAAGAAGGCAGUUACACAUGUUGAUCCUGCCAAAAGACUAGAAAAUGUCUUAUGAUUGUUGACAAGUUACUUAACUGAUGAUAACUUCAGAUGGGUAAAACAGCAAAAGAAAGUCUUCAGAACCUAUCGUGUUGUUACAACACUAAAAGGAACUCCAGUGGCUAUGGACAUCUGUAUCCUUGGAGAUAACUGGUCAACCAAGUGUCCAAAAUGAUUUCACAGUCAACUGUCUGUCUGAAGUCUGGACCUACAUGGAUCAUCCCUCCAGAUCCCUUUGAGAGCUCAGACUCUCCUCCAGAUUCAUUCAUUCACAGAGAAGAAAUCAGGAGGAAUGGCUAUUUCCCUACUGUAAUAGGUAAUAUAAAGAGUGGAGAGCCUACUUUCCCUUUCGGAAAUUGACUUCUUCCUCCACUUCCACUUUACCCUUCUUCUGUUUUGUUUUUCAUCUUUUUAAUAAAUGUAUUGAAAGUC